AUCCUCUGAUAUCAAAUCCUUACUUUCUUCUCCCUUUGCUUUGUGAUCUUCAUCAUCUUUCUCAGCAAUACCAUGGUCAUUCGUUUGCCCGGUAUUAUGAAUGCUAAGCAUAUUCUUCGACGAUCAAACUCAUUUGGAAAGCAAGUAGCUUCAACACCUAUAGAUGUUCCAAAAGGCUACAUUGCAGUAUAUGUUGGAGAGAGCGAAAAGAGGCGCUUUGUAAUUCCUAUAUCAUUCUUGAACCAGCCUUCUUUUUUAACAUUGCUAAGUAAGGCUGAGGAAGAAUUUGGGUACGAUCAUCCAAUGGGUGGUCUCACAAUUCCCUGCAGCGAAAACAUCUUCAUUGAUCUUACUUCACGCUUACAUGAAUUGUAAAACGGUGCCACUAAAAGAAAACUGCAGAAACAUUUUUGUAAAUUCUUUAUUUCUUGAGGCAGGAGAGAGAUGGGGAUUGUCUAUCUACUAUAGAUUUUGCAAAUAGAAUUACUGCAGUCCCUCUCAAAUUCUCCAGUGAAAUGUAAAAUUGAGA